AUUAGUUCCUUGCUUCUUGCCGCGGCACCACUAAACUUCGGCUUUUCUUCCAACCAUCAAUAUAUGAACGUAAGAGCGCUGGCCAUUGCAUUGGUCAAGAAUAAGGGACGAUUUAUUUGUAGAUACAGCGGGAAGAGGGAAGGCGCGUGAGAUUUCUGGCUGGUCGUAGUUGAACAUGUGCUGGCCCUAUAUUGAUUGCGGUUUUGACGAGUUCUGCCAUGGAGAAGUCAUCAACAGCUACGCCAUGUUUAUGGGCUAUGUAUCCAUGGCCAUCAGGGGGCUAGGCUACCUAGUGCUUACAUGGACCACCGUCGUCCUCCUUGGUGGUUUUGUCUCCCUCCUACAGGAGAAGGACUUUUGGGCUCUCACCGUAAUUACGCUUGUACAAACUACUGGGGUCUUCAAUGUCUUUCUGAAAGAGAAGCUACGUAAUAUUUUGUAUAGCUUGAUGGGUUUAAUGAUUUCGAUGGUCAACUGUGAAGCUGAAGCUGAAUCAUUAUCGGCGGUGAUGAUCAUGAUGGCAGUGGGAUUUGCCACGCUGCUGCAAGUACUGGUUGUUGCUGUUAUACUGCUCCCUCUUGGUGCUGUCUACGUGUUUGGGCUGUACAUCUCCACCGGGAUCUCGCUGUGGCGUCUAAUACAGCACGAUUAUGCCGAGGCCGACGGGGAUCCCAACAAGGCGAACCUGAGGCCAGCACUGGUUGUCCUCUACUCGCUGGCUCUGGUGCAGGGCGCGCUCCUAUGCUACAGGGCCAUCUUCUCCAUUUCUAUGAGGGAACAAGUUUUUGUGAAUGCAACGUUGGAGCGCUACCACUUCAAAGGAGACGCUGUCCAGUCAGCCCUGGACUACUUCCAUGACACCAUGGCUGGAUGCGAGAAGAACCCUUCCUUUGCUAGAGGCACGAACCUGAUCACGUACGCCUCGGACCUGAUGGGGUCCACUUCGCCUGACAGGUACCUCUCCGGGAUAAGGAUCCUCGACACCCUCCUGAUGAAGGAGAAGGAGGGGCCGAUCCGUACUCUCGUGGUGCAGCGGCUGCUCGUGUCGGAACCCAGCACUGUCUGGAAGCUGCUGCGGACGCUGGACGCCACGAUGCCGUAUGGUGUUGAGGCACGGCUGCGGGCCGCGAGGAUACUGGAGCACCUCGCCGGCGACAUCUACCUGGAUCAGUUUCCCGGAGGGAUGCGAUGCAUCGCGUCCCUGCUCGACCACGAGGCCUCUCCCUCCAGGCCCCAGCUGAGGAGGGAGGAGGUACCGGUGCUGCAGGGCAUGCGAAUCCUCCGGAACCUCGCCGCCAACAGCGGCAACCUCGGGGCCAUCAGAAGCGCCCCGGGCCUGCUCGCCAAGAUCACGGCGCCUCUGGACCCCGACCUCCUGCAGCUCCACCAUACCUACCGGUUCAAGGUAGCGUUGGAAUCGCUGAUCCUUGUAAGACGGCUUAUGGACAUGGACGCUCCUAGAGAAUCCAAGGACGAUGAUGAAUGUCUCGAGUAUCUGAAGAAAGCCGUGACCAAUGCGAUGCCGAAGGUGCUCAGGCAUGUACUUCAGCUACAAACAGAACUGCAAGCACCAACAGAUACACACACAUUCUCAGCGCCAGGUACAGACUUAGAAGAAGGUCCCGUUUCACACGCUACUGAUCGUCCGAACUCGCAGCAGCAACCCAAGGCCAUAGAAUUGCGGGAUGCCCUUCUGUCGGAAUGUGCGACGGCGUGCGAGAAAUUGGUCGGGGAAGAUCAAAACUUGGCUCGUCGGCUGGACGAGAUCGCCGCUCAGAUCUGUUCGGACGCAGGGAAGACUGCCAUGAGUUGGGCUGCCCUCUUAAGAGAUGUAAAAGACAGAGGGCAGGACUUGCGUGUUGAACGUCGGGGACUUCCGACGAUGUUGCGUGUUGAAUCAAGUGGAUGAAACAGCCCCAUCCGUAGCAGUACAUAUAUGCACCCAUGGAACCUUCUAGGCGCAGGAUCCUAACAGAUCCUAUUUACAAGGCAACUAACAAUCAAUCCUAGCGCCAUGAUAGGUUUCCAUGUUACCAGAUUACAUGCAUGUUUACACGUUACAAACUUUACUUC